AUGGCGUCGUCGCUUCGUCCAGCAUCGCGACUGGUCGUGAGACCUUCAACAACUUCUGCCGUUCUCCGACAAACAGAACGAUCACCCUUUAUCCGCGCCGCAGCUCAAUUUCACACAUCAAGUCCUCGAAAUGCCUUACCAUCAGGACCUCCUCCACAAGGCUAUCGAUUGCCACGACCCAAACGAUUCGAUGAAGGCGAAGGAGUGAUGGAUAAAGCGAGUAACUAUUUUCUUCUCACCGAAAUGUUUCGCGGCAUGUACGUCGUGCUAGAACAAUUCUUCAGACCACCCUACACGAUCUAUUAUCCUUUCGAGAAAGGCCCUAUUUCCCCUCGAUUCAGAGGCGAGCACGCAUUAAGGAGAUACCCCUCGGGUGAAGAGAGAUGUAUCGCUUGCAAGCUUUGCGAAGCUAUCUGCCCAGCUCUAGCCAUCACAAUCGAGGCUGAAGAACGAGAAGAUGGAUCGAGAAGAACCACUCGUUAUGAUAUUGACAUGACCAAAUGCAUCUACUGUGGCCUCUGCCAGGAGAGUUGUCCUGUUGACGCCAUUGUGGAAACCCCCAACGCGGAAUACGCAACAGAAUUCCGAGAGGAGCUCCUGUACAACAAAGAGAAAUUGCUUUCCAAUGGUGAUAAGUGGGAGCCAGAAUUAGCCGCGGUGGCAAGAGCAGAUGCCCCAUACAGAUAA